AUUAAAGUUUUUGCUAUACAUAAUAUUUGACAAAUAUCGAACCACAAAGUUAUUGUUCACAGCUCCAUCAAUAUUUGCAACUUAAAAGAAAAAAGUCAAUCAUAAAGGCAAAAGAAUUUUUUAUUUUUUUUUUAAAAAAGUAAAAGCAAAAUACUUUCUCUUUUGUAUAGCCGCAACAUCCAAUUGAUUUUGUGUAUCAGCUACAGCAAGAAAAUGGGGGACUCAAACAAUCUUGAAGAAUCUUUGAAACCUUUUUACCAGAGAGCUUCUGAAGCUGAGGAACGAUUGGCAAGACUUGAAAUUUCAGUUGCUGAUAAGAAAGAUCUGAAAAACGAGGAAUUAGAGAGAACAGUUGCUCAACUCCAGUCGAAGCUGAAAGAUGUCACUGCUGAGCUUGAAGCAGAACAUGAAAAGGGACAUAAAGAGGUAGAACAACUUACUUCAGAGAACGCGAAGCUCAAAUAUCGUAUCAAACAUCUAGUUAGAUCACUAGAGGAGGCUCUUAGCAAGUCGACGUCAAAGUGAGGUUAUAUCUCCUAGAGUUGGUUGCAUUGAACUUAAGUGUGAAAAUUACUCACAAAAAAGUUUUUUUAAGUCUCAUUGCUGUUGUUGUUGGUUCAUCUUACUAUCAAAAUAUUGUCAAUUUGUUUGCAAAAAACAAAGUUUCAGUUGUCUGACUCAAUUUCCAUUUUUUUAAUAACCGUGAUGUUUUGGCA